AUGCGUUGCCAGAUCCUCGCCUCUGCCCUCAUCUCGGGGGCCAUGGCUGCUCGUCCUUUCCUCGAGCAGCCCGACACUGGCCUCGAGAUGGUCCUCGGAGACCUCCCCAAGGGCAACCUCCCCAAGCUCGACCAGAUGAUCGGUCUCCCCGACUUCGAGUGGGCUGCUCAGAACUACCUUCCCAUAGAGAACUACACCUACUACCGUAACGGUGCCGCUGGCGAGUGGUCCUACCGCAACAACCUCGAGGUCUUCCAGCGCUACCGCUUCAAGCCCCGUACUAUGGUCGACAUCACAAACGUCGAGAACACUCUGCCCACCACCAUCCUGGGCCAUAACUUCUCUGCUCCCUUCUUCAUCAGCCCCUGUGCCAAGGGUGGCAAUGCUCACCCUGACGCUGAGAAGAACUUCGUCAAGGGUGCUGCCGCCGGUGACAUCCUCUACAUGCCCGCCCUUUACGCCUCUCUCACCAUCGAGGAGAUUGCCAAGGCCAAGGCUGAGGGCCAGGUCGUCUUCCAACAGCUCUACCUGUCUUCCAACGACACUGAGACACAGGAGCUCCUAGACCGCUCCGAGAAGGCUGGCGCUGCCGCCAUCAUCUUCACCGUCGACUCUGCCGCCGACGGAAACCGCCACCGUGCUGCUCGCUUCGGUGUUGGCUCUGCCGAUUCCGACUACUCCUACAUCACCUGGGACUACUACAAGAAGCUCCAGAAGAUGACCAAGCUGCCCGUUGUCAUCAAGGGUAUUGGUUCUGCCGCUGAUGCCAAGCUCGCUGUCCAGCACGGUGCUCCCGCCAUCAUCCUCUCCAACCACGGUGGUCGUCAGCUCGACGGCAGCCCUUCCGGUCUCGAGGUCGCUCUUGAGAUCCACGAGGAGGCCCCUGAGGUCUUCAAGAAGAUCGAGGUUUACGCCGACGGUGGUGUCCGUUACGGUGCUGAUGUCCUCAAGCUUCUGUCUCUCGGUGUCAAGGCUGUUGGUCUUGGCCGUCCCUUCAUGUACGCCAACGUCUUUGGUGUUGACGGUGUCAAGAAGGUCAUUGACAUUCUCAAGCACGAGAUUGCCAUUGAUGCUGGUAACUUGGGUGUCCCUGAUAUCCAGAAGAUCAACCCCAGCUAUGUCAAGUGGAAGUUCAACAACUGGGGCCAGUAA